UAUUUAUUAGGAUAGACUUUCCACACAGAAGUUUGGAAGAAAAAAAAGCCUUAAAAAACAAAACAGCACUCAUCUAGAAAAACAGUGAAAUCCACUUCUGUGAGCAUGGAUAAAAUAUUUUAAUGAAUUGCAGUAAUCAGUGGGGUUUUUCUUUUCUUCUUCCUUUCUUGCCCUAGAGGAAAAGGAGAGAAAAAAACCACUCCCUUCUGAAGUAUUUAAAGUUAGAAGAAGAAGAAGAAGAAAAAAGGGGGGAGGAAAAAAAACCACCCCUAUUCUUUUCUUCUUCUCUUAUGCUAGUAAAGCACACAGACACACACAAAAGUCAUGGUCUUACUAGUAUGGAACUAGUUAACCUUUAACAAUUUUAUGCUGAUGUCAUAACUGAGCAUGAGUACUGAUUAAUCCAACCUUUUCUCUCUCUCUCUCUCUUCCCCCCUCCCUGUAAAAAAUAUUUUUAUUGAGGGAGGUGGGGGGGAGAGCAUAAGAAAAAAAGAAAUAAUUUAGAGCAGCCAUCUUUGUUUUAUGCAGAAAUCUUGUCAGUUUCCCCCCAGUGCCAGGAAUGUCUAAAUAUUGUUCAUGAUCACAGAUCUUGGAGAUUGAAAAGAAAAUAUAACAGCAAGAAGAAAAAGCCUUUAUCUUUAUUAUCAUUUUCGUUUUAUUGCAUGCUUUUUUCCCCUCUUAAAUUUGGAGCUGAUUUUUUUUUGAAAGGGGGGGGAGAUCUUUUUAACCCUAAGGAAGAGGGGGUUAAAAUUAAGCCAGCCAUUUUGUUUUUUGAUAUAGGGGGGGCCCUAUAUAUUUUUUACCUCCUGGGGGGGUCUGUUUUAAAAAUAAUUUAAGGGCGGCCAUUUUUGUUUCUUGGUCUUGUGGAAAAUAUUAUCCUGAACUCCCCCCUCAGAAUUUAAAUAUAUCUUUACUCCCCCCUUCAUUUUUUAUUUUAUUUUUUAAAGAAGGGGGUCGAGGAAACAUUUGAAGGAAGGACAAAGUUGUAGAGAAGGAGAGUUGUUUUCAUUCAUGGGACUUUUUUUUAAACUGAGGUGAUCUGAAGUAGGGGAGAGCUUUUUGUGUGUGUGAGGGAGAGAGGGAAGGGGGGUUGCCCCCCUUCUGCUUUUCUCUUGUGUUUCCCCCACCCCCCUCCUCCAGCACCACCAUGGCUUCCCCUCUGAGGGAGGACGAGGAAGAGGAGGAGGAGAUGGUGGUGUCUGAGGUGGAGGGGGACGAAGACGAAGAGGAGGAAGAGGAGGAGGAAGAAGGAGCAGGGGACAACAGCCCAGGCGACAUAUUCCCGCCUGCUGUUCAGGCUGAGGAGGCUGCUCCACUGACACCGACAGCAUCCACGCCGGCGGCAGCUGAAGGGACAGAGGCGCCUCCAGACGAAGAGGAGGAAGAGCUGCGCAACUUGGAGAGCCCCCUUGUUGUCAAGAAGAAGAAACGAGGGCCCAAAAAGCAGAAAGAGAACAAGCCAGGGAAACCCAGGAAGCGCAAGAAAUUAGUCAGUGAGGAUGAGUUUGAAUCUGACCGAGAGGAGUAUCGGGCCAAGUCAGAGAGUGGCGGCAGUGACUAUGGAGGAGUGGGGAAGAAAAAGCGGAGGAAGCAUCGGGAGAAGAAGGAGAAAAAGACAAAACGACGGAAAAAGACGGAAGAAGAUGGAGUGCAAAAGCCAAAGGUGGAGCAGAAAUCCUCUGCUCAGCUGCUCAUGACCUGGGGGCUGGAAGAUGUGGAUCAUGUCUUCUCCGAGGAGGAUUAUCACACCCUGACAAAUUACAAAGCCUUCAGCCAGUUUAUGAGGCCUCUUAUUGCCAAAAAGAACCCCAAGAUUCCGAUGUCUAAAAUGAUGACUAUCAUGGGAGCUAAAUGGCGGGAGUUCAGUGCCAACAACCCCUUCAAAGGGUCGACAGCAGCUGUGGCAGCAGCAGCUGCCGCUGCAGCAGCUGCAGUAGCUGAGCAGGUGUCGGCUGCAGUGUCGGCUGUCACUGCUUCACCUGAGCCACAACCGCCACUACCGCUGCAGCCUCCUCCUCAGCCUCCUCCAAUCCGCAAAGCCAAAACCAAAGAAGGCAAAGGUCCAGGCCACAAGAAGCGGAGCAAGAGUCCUCGCAUCCCAGAGAUGAAGAGGAAGAUGAAGGGGAAGAAGAUGGCACCUCUGAAGAUCAAGCUGGGCAUGAUUGGGGGCAAGCGCAAAAAGAGCAGCUCACAUUUGUUUCAGAGUGAUGAAGCGGGAGAGCCAGAGGAAGAAUCUGACCUUGACAACUCCAGUGUUCACAGCUCCUCGGUGCGUUCUGACAACUCAGGGCGGGUGAAGAAACUCAAGCGGGGUAGACCUGGAAGGAAGAAGAAAAAAGUUGCUGGUGAAGAAGAGGCAGACGGCUACGAGACAGACCACCAAGACUACUGUGAGGUGUGUCAGCAGGGCGGGGAGAUCAUCCUCUGCGAUUCAUGUCCCAGAGCUUAUCACCUGGUGUGCCUGGAUCCGGAGCUAGACAAGGCCCCCGAGGGCAAAUGGAGCUGCCCCCACUGUGAAAAAGAAGGGGUGCAGUGGGAGCCAAAGGAGGAGGAAGAAGAGUACGAAGGGGAGCUGGACGAUGUUGAGAAGGAGGAGGAGGACGAUCACAUGGAAUACUGCCGCGUCUGUAAGGACGGGGGCGAGCUCUUGUGUUGUGAUGCUUGCAUCUCAUCCUACCAUAUCCACUGCCUCAACCCGCCGCUUCCUGAGAUCCCUAAUGGGGAAUGGCUGUGUCCCCGUUGCACGUGUCCCAUGCUAAAGGGACGGGUACAAAAAAUCAUGCACUGGCGAUGGGGGGAGCCUCCGACACCAGUCGCUGUCAUCCUGCCACCCGAUGCCAACCCAGACGACCCACCACCCAAGUCUCUGCAGGGGCGUUCCGAGCGCGAAUUCUUCGUCAAGUGGGUUGGGCUGUCCUAUUGGCACUGCUCCUGGAUAAAGGAAUUGCAGCUUGAGAUUUUCCACCUGGUGAUGUACAGGAAUUACCAACGAAAGAAUGACAUGGAUGAGCCCCCGCUGCUUGACUACGGUUCUGGUGAUGACGAUGGGAAGAGUGAGAAGAGGAAGAACAAGGAUCCUUUCUAUGCCGAGAUGGAGGAGAAAUACUACCGCUAUGGCAUCAAGCCUGACUGGAUGACCAUCCACCGUGUUAUAAACCAUAGCAUUGACAAAAAGGGAAACUACCACUACCUGGUGAAAUGGCGAGACCUUUCUUACGACCAGUCCACGUGGGAGGAGGAUGAGAUGUCAAUUCCAGAGUACGAGUACCACAAGCAGGCCUAUUGGUUUCACAGAGAGCUGAUAAUGGGUGAAGACCCUGCCCAGCCCAGGAAGUACAAGAAGAAGAAGAAGGAGCUGACGUCGGAGGACCCGCCAAACUCCCCCACCAAUGAUCCCACGGUGAAGUAUGACAGCCAGCCACGCUUCAUCACGUCCACAGGGGGCACGCUGCACAUGUAUCAGCUGGAAGGCCUGAACUGGCUGCGGUUCUCCUGGGCCCAGGGCACAGACACGAUCCUGGCGGAUGAGAUGGGCCUCGGCAAGACGAUCCAGACCAUUGUCUUCUUGUACUCGCUGUACAAGGAGGGCCACACCAAAGGGCCUUUCCUGGUCAGUGCUCCGCUGUCCACCAUCAUCAACUGGGAACGAGAAUUUCAGAUGUGGGCGCCCAAUUUCUAUGUAGUGACCUACACAGGGGAUAAGGACAGCCGCUCCAUCAUCCGUGAGAACGAGUUUUCUUUUGAGGACAAUGCCAUGAAGGGUGGAAAGAAGGCCUUCAAAAUGAAGAGAGAAGCUCAGGUGAAGUUUCAUGUCCUCCUUACCUCCUAUGAGCUCGUCACCAUUGACCAGGCUGCAUUGGCUUCCAUCCGGUGGGCAUGUCUUGUUGUGGAUGAAGCUCACCGACUCAAAAACAACCAGUCCAAGUUCUUCAGGGUGUUAAACGGUUAUAAGAUCGACCACAAGCUGCUGCUCACUGGGACUCCCUUGCAAAACAACUUGGAGGAGCUGUUCCACCUGCUGAAUUUCCUCACUCCUGAGAGAUUCAACAACCUGGAAGGCUUCCUGGAGGAGUUUGCUGACAUCUCCAAGGAGGACCAAAUAAAAAAACUCCAUGACCUCCUGGGACCCCAUAUGUUGCGCCGCCUCAAGGCUGACGUCUUCAAGAACAUGCCGGCCAAGACAGAGCUCAUUGUCCGGGUGGAGCUCAGCCCCAUGCAGAAAAAAUACUAUAAAUAUAUAUUGACUCGCAACUUUGAAGCUUUGAACUCCCGUGGUGGCGGUAACCAGGUGUCCUUGCUCAACAUAAUGAUGGACCUGAAGAAAUGCUGCAACCACCCCUACCUCUUCCCUGUUGCUGCGAUGGAAUCCCCCAAGUUGCCAAGCGGUGCCUAUGAAGGGGGUGCUCUCAUAAAGUCCUCUGGGAAACUGAUGCUGUUACAGAAGAUGUUGCGGAAGCUAAAAGAGCAGGGCCACCGGGUGCUCAUCUUCUCGCAGAUGACAAAAAUGCUGGACCUACUUGAGGAUUUCCUUGACUAUGAAGGGUACAAGUACGAACGGAUUGAUGGAGGCAUUACGGGGGCCCUGCGGCAAGAGGCAAUUGAUAGAUUUAAUGCCCCGGGAGCUCAGCAGUUCUGCUUCCUGCUCUCCACACGGGCAGGUGGUUUGGGCAUCAACUUGGCCACUGCAGACACGGUGAUCAUCUUUGAUUCAGACUGGAACCCUCACAAUGAUAUUCAGGCCUUCAGCAGAGCUCAUCGCAUUGGCCAGGCCAACAAGGUGAUGAUCUAUCGCUUUGUGACACGGGCCUCUGUGGAGGAGCGUAUUACGCAGGUGGCCAAGCGGAAGAUGAUGCUGACUCACCUGGUUGUACGCCCAGGCCUGGGCUCCAAGUCGGGCAGCAUGUCCAAGCAGGAGCUGGAUGACAUCCUCAAGUUUGGCACUGAGGAGCUCUUCAAGGAUGAAAAUGAGGGAGAGAACAAAGAGGAGGACAGCAGUGUCAUCCACUAUGACAACGAAGCCAUUGCACGGCUGUUGGACCGUAACCAGGAUGCCACCGAUGAUGCGGACGUCCAAAACAUGAACGAGUACCUCAGCUCCUUCAAAGUGGCUCAGUACGUGGUUCGGGAGGAGGACAAGAUUGAGGAGAUUGAGCGGGAGAUCAUCAAACAAGAAGAGAAUGUGGACCCUGACUACUGGGAGAAGCUGUUGCGGCACCAUUACGAGCAGCAGCAGGAGGACUUGGCUCGCAACCUAGGAAAAGGGAAGCGUGUGCGCAAACAGGUCAACUACAAUGAUGCGGCCCAAGAGGACCAAGACAAUCAGUCCGAGUACUCAGUGGGCUCUGAAGAGGAGGACGAAGACUUUGACGAAAGGCCAGAAGGUCGGCGACAGUCCAGACGGCAGCUCCGGAACGAGAAGGACAAGCCUCUCCCCCCACUUCUGGCACGAGUUGGUGGGAACAUCGAGGUGCUUGGGUUCAACACCCGCCAGCGAAAGGCCUUCCUGAAUGCCGUCAUGCGCUGGGGCAUGCCUCCACAAGAUGCCUUCACCUCCCAGUGGCUGGUCCGGGACUUGCGGGGCAAGACGGAGAAAGAAUUUAAGGCAUACGUCUCACUAUUCAUGAGACACCUCUGUGAGCCUGGGGCUGACGGUUCCGAGACUUUUGCCGAUGGGGUGCCCAGGGAAGGUCUCUCGAGGCAGCAGGUCCUGACACGGAUAGGUGUCAUGUCUCUGGUGAAGAAAAAGGUGCAAGAGUUUGAACACAUUAAUGGUCGCUGGAGCAUGCCUGAAUUGAUGCCUGACCCCAGCGCUGACUCCAAAAAGUCAUCCCGAGCUUCGUCUCCCACAAUCAAAACCUCCACCACCACCCCAGACCCCAGCUGCACCAAUACCCCCUGCACGUCCAAGCCAGCUACCCCGGCUCCCAGUGACAAAGGAGAUGGGGCAACCCUGGCAGAAAAGGAGGACCCAGAAGCCAAAGAUGAGAAGCCGGAGAAAGAAGCCAAGGGUGGCGAGAAAAUGGAGGUUGAGCCUUCAGCCCCCGAGCAGCCCACUUCUGCCACCUUCUCAGGGGAAAAAGCGGAAAUGGAGUCAUCCAAGAAGCCUGACCAGGAGGGAUUGGCAGCACUUGGGGAGAAGGAAACAGAAGCUGAGCCCGCAGUCAAGGAAGAGAAAGAGAAAUUGGUUCCAGAUGCUGAUUCUGAAAAACUCGUGGCAGAUGAGAAACCCACAGAGAGCGACGAGAGUAAGGAAAAGGCUGAGGGAGAGGCACAGGAAGUGAAAAAAGAAGAGGCAAAAGCUGAGAGGGAGCCUGGAAAAGAGCCCAAAGCUAGCAGCAUCAAAGAUGAAAACCGGAACAAUGGCAAGAAGGAGGAGAAGACCGAGAAGCCCCGAUUCAUGUUCAACAUAGCCGAUGGUGGCUUCACGGAACUCCACACCCUGUGGCAGAACGAGGAGCGAGCCGCCAUCUCCUCCAGUAAGCUUAACGAGAUCUGGCACCGCCGACAUGACUACUGGCUACUGGCAGGCAUUGUCCUUCACGGCUACGCUCGCUGGCAGGAUAUCCAGAAUGACAACCAGUUCGCCAUCAUCAAUGAGCCCUUUAAGACCGAAGCCAACAAGGGAAACUUUUUGGAGAUGAAGAACAAGUUCCUUGCCAGAAGAUUCAAGCUUCUGGAGCAAGCCCUGGUGAUUGAAGAGCAGCUGCGGAGAGCUGCCUACCUGAACAUGACCCAGGACCCCAGCCACCCGGCCAUGGCCCUCAACACCCGCUUUGCCGAGGUGGAGUGUUUGGCCGAGAGCCACCAGCACUUGUCCAAGGAAUCUCUGGCUGGCAACAAGCCUGCCAACGCCGUCCUGCACAAGGUGCUGAACCAGCUUGAGGAGCUUCUCAGUGACAUGAAAGCAGACGUGACGCGCCUGCCAGCCACGCUCUCUCGCAUCCCUCCAAUCGCUGCCCGCCUCCAGAUGUCCGAACGCAGCAUCCUCAGCCGCUUGGCAAGCAAGGGGAACGAGACACAGACUGCCCCGGCCUUCCCCCCUGGGCCUUAUGCCACCCCUCCGAGCUUUGGGGGCGCCUUUGGUGCCACCCCUGGCGGAACGCUCCCCACUAUGGGUGCCAACUACAGCCAAAUGCCAACUGGCUCCUUCAUCACAGCCAAUGGUCCCCCUGUGAUUGUGAAGAAGGAAAAAGAAGGAGAGAGCCUGGAGAAGAAAGAGGCGAAAAGUGGGGAGGUGAUUUGCAUAGACGACUGAUGGGGCAGCUGGGCUAACUUGCCCACCUGGUUGCUUCUGGACAGGUCCUGCCUCUGGCAGAAGGGAGGGCACAUGGUUCCCCUCCAGCCUCUCCUCUUUUAUUUUCUGAUCACGUUGGUGGCUUUGCCUGGGCGGUGGGGAGGGUGGGUGAAUAAUGCCCACCUCAACCUCCUGUGUUAGAUUUAGUUGCUGUCUCCCAAGCACCUCCUCUCUCCCAUCUUGGGUGUGGGGAGGCAGGUCUCAAAACCAGCCGGGGAGAAAUGUUUGGGAGCCAGGGCCCACCUGGGUUCUGUUCCUGGCCAGAGGCUUUUAAGCGGGCAGGAAAAGCAGGAAUGGAAUUAGGCUCCCAGGGCUCCACCUUUGGAGUCUCCUGCUUGUGACAGAGGAGGGGGCUGCCUGCCUUGCGGCAUUAGUUCCUGGCAGUGCUGAACCUUUGAGAAGCACUGCAAAGUGACUCUAUAAAUAUGAAUAUAUAUAUAAUGUAUACACACUCAUCCUGUAUGUUUAACCCCCUUCCCACUUGUGCUUGGACCCCUUGCAGGGGCGAUAAUGGGGCAGUCUGGGGAGGGGGACACACUCCCUAGCCAUGUUCUGUUCUGAGAACGCAUAGUGUGGGGAGCAAACUCCACCACCACCUUCCUGCAUCUGGAAGAAUGGGGAAGCCAGAUCCCGAAGGUGCACCCCUCCCAGGAGUGUCCCCUGCUUUGAGCAGACGGGCAAGGGGGCUGCCUCUUUACCCCUCCUUCCUGCCAGCCUCUUCCUUAGAAGCAAGUUAUUGGAGGAGAGGGGGACAGGGAGAAGGGGCAACAGGAGAGCUAGCUCUGCGCUCCUGGAUUUUGUUGCCGGAUCUCAAGUCACUUCUUGUUUAAAUCUUACAGAAUAAAGGCACUGUUUCCUUGGCUACAUCA